AUGAGUGACCCAAUGAGGUGGAAUACUACUUUAGCGGAGUGCUGGAAGAGAAGUCACCUUGCCCCAGUUCUCCGAGAGCACAGGGAGAGAGACAGACAUCUCUGAUUGUUUGUUGCCAGUAGGGAGACAGAAAGGUCCCUGCUUGUGAUUUACCAUGGCAAAAGUGCUCUGCAGCCUCCUUCUCCUGGGAAGCACAGUGAUGAUCACCACCGCGUGCCCUAAAUAUUGUGUCUGUCAGAACCUGUCAGAAUCCUUGGGCACACUGUGCCCAUCCAAAGGUCUGCUGUUUGUGCCCCCUGACAUUGACAGAAGAACCGUGGAGUUACGCCUGGGGGGAAACUACAUUAUCAAAAUUACCCAGCAAGACUUCACCAACAUGACAGGCCUUGUGGACCUCACACUGUCUCGAAACACCAUCAGCUUCAUCCAGCCCUUCUCCUUUGUGGAUCUUGAAACCCUGCGAUCACUGCACCUGGAUAGUAACCGGUUGACAGAGUUGGGCCCAGAUGCCCUGCGAGGCUUAGUGAACUUGCAACACCUCAUCCUGAACAACAACCAACUGACUCAUAUCUCCAAAGAAGCUUUCGGUGACCUGCUACUCACCUUGGAGGACCUAGACCUCUCCUACAACAACCUGCGAGGCAUACCCUGGGAGGCUAUUCGCAGAAUGCUCAACCUACACCAGCUGAGUCUGGACCACAACCUCAUCAGCCACAUCGCUGAAGGCACUUUUACAGAUCUUGAAAAGCUGGCGAGGCUGGAUCUUACAUCAAACCGUCUCCAGAAGCUUCCGCCAGAUCCUAUUUUUGCUCGGUCACAAAGCAGCAGCAUUUUUAGUACACCAUUUGCCCCGGUCUUGUCUCUCAGCUUUGGUGGAAAUCCUCUUCACUGUAACUGUGAGAUUCUUUGGUUACGCCGUUUAGAACGGGAGGACGAUAUGGAAACAUGUGCCUCCCCUCCUAGUCUGAAGGGUCGCUACUUCUGGUAUGUGCGAGAGGAAGAGUUUGUCUGUGAACCACCGUUAAUUACCCAACAUACACAUAAGCUUUUGGUCCUGGAGGGACAGACAGCCAGUUUACGCUGCAAGGCCGUGGGUGACCCUAUGCCUCUCAUACAUUGGGUUGCUCCAGAUGAUCGACUAAUUAGUAACUCAUCCAGGGCUACAGUGUAUGAAAAUGGUACUUUAGACAUCAUGGUCACCACCUCUAAGGAUUAUGGGACAUUUACUUGCAUUGCUGCAAAUGCAGCUGGAGAAUCAACAGCCUCAAUUGAGCUCUCCAUCAUCCAGCUCCCCCACCUAAGCAAUGGAACUAACCGCACAUCUCAGCCCAAGUCCAGGUUAUCUGACAUCACCAGCUCCACUAAAACCAGUAAAGGGGAGACAAAAGCCCAACCAGAACAGGUAGUGUCGGUGUCAGAGGUCACCGCAGUCUCUGCUCUGAUCAAGUGGACAGUAAGCAAAGUGGCACCUAAAGUCAAAAUGUACCAGCUCCAAUAUAACUGUUCAGAGGAUGAUGUCCUGAUUUAUAGGAUGAUUCCGGCGAUCAGCAAAUCCUUCUUGGUCAACAACCUGAUGCCAGGGAUGCAGUAUGACCUAUGCGUGUUGGCCAUCUGGGAAGAUACCGCCACCACACUCACUGCAACUAACAUAGUGGGUUGUGUGCAGUUCGAGUCACGUGAUGACUACUCCCGCUGCCAGUCGAUGCACAGUCAGUUUUUAGGAGGAACCAUGAUCUUGGUGAUUGGGGGAGUGAUCGUAGCCACUUUGUUGGUCUUUAUCGUCAUCCUCAUGGUACGCUAUAAAGUGAACAGUGGCUUGCAGGUUGCAAAGUUGGUGACGGUGAGCAACACCUACUCCCAGACCAAUGGAAGGCCACAGGCCACGGAGCGACUUAACAACGGGGCUCCUACACCGCAGGCUCCAAAGACUGUAGUGGUGAUGCGAGAUGAAGUGGUGGAGUUUAAGUGUGGCUCCUUGCAGAGCAGCAUCUCAUCCUGUUCAUCCUCCUCAGCUGACUCCCUUGGAAGUGUGAAAGUUCAAUCUUACAACCGACAUGUGGAUUCUAACACCUUGCCCAACAGGUGGAAGCAGUCGUCAACUAAGGUACGACCAAACCUGGAUAACCUACUUGGGGCAUUUGCCUCUCUGGACCUGAGGGUUCCCGCAAGAGAUCCGGGAGGACCAUCUUCCUCAGGGACCAUUAUGAUGGCCAUGAGACCGGCCACUGACAAGGAGCCUCUGCUAGGCCGGGUAGAUUCCAAGCUUGGGAAGCUUGUAAUGCUGCCAUCAGAGAACAAGCCCAAGCGCAGCCACUCGUUCGAUAUGGGUGACUUUGGUGCUUCACAGUGCCUUAGCUACCCACGACGCAUCAACAACAUUUGGACUAAGAGGAGUCUCUCAGUCAAUGGCAUGCUCCUGCAGUGUGAUGAGAGCGAGGGGGAAGGUGAUAAGGCAACAUUUGAUAGCUCUGAGUGGGUCAUGGAGAGUACAGUCUGAUAGAGAUAUCAGAUUAGCUCUGCCAAAAAAGAACAAAAAAUCAAAAAAGGAUAUGAACUUGCUGCAUCAUAUGACAUCAAGAAGGACUCAAAUGGCCAUAAUGAAAAGACACCUCACCAAUGGCCAUGACUUUGUAGUGCAUGAUUGUCCAUGUCAAUAUUGCCCUUCUGUUCAUUUGAUCACAAAGACGUUUAAAGGUUUGUGUAUGAGUUAGGCAAGCAGCCGAGGCCAGGGCUGGUCCUGUUUAUUGAGAGCUGGACAAAGGAUAUCUCCAGUUGCCUUCAAACAUUAAAGCAGAUAUGAAUAAAUAUCCAAGAACAAGGGAUGUGUGGGUAUCUCAGAGAAGCAGGGGGAAUAAAAGAGGAAAUUUAUCUGACUGUGCACUGCAGUAUGCCAAGAGGAUUUUCUUCAGCUAAGUGGAUGUGCAUCACAAUGGACCAAAUGUUCCCAUGAGACAGGACUACAUAGUUUAGCAGGUGAAAUAAAAAUAAAAAUAAAAAUUGCAAAUGUAAUGAAAUUCUGUAGGUUAUUUUAUUUUGUUGUCAUUUUGACUUUUUUUUUUUUUAAGUUAAUUCUAGUGUUGCCCCCCAGCAUUUUUGCUAAACAACUGAAGAAUACAGUACAGUCUGUCACACAUAUUUUACACUGAAGAGAAAUACAAAUCUAAAGUUCAGGAAGAUGUCUUUUUCAUAAUCAAAUCUGCAAACUUAUUCUGCUAAUUGUCCGUGAUGUUUCAUGACAUUAUGUGCCUCUUUUUUCAGUUUGUCAGUGCAUCUAUUACAUUUGUUAUUAGUUUCUUAGUUUUAAAGCUUGUCUGAUCAGACAACAUUCAACAGCAAAUUUAAUUUAGUACUGGUACAGAACAGUACUAGUCAGUCUGUUCAAGGUCCAUAUUAUUUAUGCAAAGAGAUAUUUACUACAUAUUACAUGCCCAACCAAUACAUUGCAUAUCCAACCAAGAAUAGACUCUGUUCGACGUCCCCUUGGUCUAAUACUACUACUACUACUACUUAUAAUAAAAUAAAUAAUUAAAUAAUCAUGGUAUAUACCUACAUGGUUUGACCAUGGUACCAUUGUAAUACCAUGGUAUUCUUUAAAGUACCAUGGCAUAUGAAUAUGGGAAUCACUGAUUAGAUGGUAUUAACAUUUACCAUCUUACACAAUCACUGUACUGUGGUACCCAACAAUAUUUUGCAAGCAUUUCCCAAAAGAAUAAUAAAGUAUUUUCUGAUAUUUUAUUAUGGUAAUUGCCCCAGCAAUGAUCACUUUCUAAUUAUAGAUCUAUUCCCUCUGUAAGAUUAGUUUGUUAGUGUUGGUGAUUUACGUUUGUACUCUCCACAACAAGCCCCUCAAGACUUAAGCCUGAAAUGUAGGUCAGAGUGUUACGUUAGACGGUAUGUUGUGAAAGACAUUUAGGACAGGAUCUGGAUCACAAUUUUGUGCAGAAACAUUUAUUAGUGCCAAAUGGUUGUGGCAAGCUUGAUUUCACACAGAGGUGAAUCAUGAACUGGGGAGAGACUGAGCUCCUCUAUCAUCAUUGUGCCCUUGAGUGAUGACACUUAACCUCAGGUUGCUCCAAGGGGACUCUCUUGCCAUUAGUGCAGUGCAAGUUGAUACAGGUGAAAAGAAAGACCUUGAUAAAUCAUGUAUAUUCAUUAUCUCAGAUUUUACCAUUUAAAAAAUGUGGUGAUACUUCCUAUGAACACAUCUAUAAUGCAUUUUAGUACAAUUGAAUGGAUUUUUAAAGUAGUAUAUUGUAGUAGUAAUAUAUAAAGUAUUAAUAUUGCUACUCUCUUGCAGGGUGGUCCAAAGCAGGUGGGCAAGAGUUUGAGUGAGAAUGCGGUAUUAAAUCAGAAAUUUAUUUUGUAAGGUCAGGUUUCUAUGAUCUUACCUUCAUCUUGCCCCUGAAUAUAAGGCAUUGUUUUGUUGUAAUGACUUUUUAAAUAAAUUAUCUAGACUUAUUAUUUGUAAAAAUCUCCAGCCAAUCCAGGGUUAAAUUACUACUAUAUAUGUGUACUAUAUAUUGUUACUAUAAAGUGCUAUAUGAUGUGUAUUAUAGAUAUACUGUUCCUAGGAUGUUUUACCCAAAGGAUCAUACCAUGCAAUGUCUAUUUGUAUUAUUUAGAAGAAAAAAAAAUCUUUAUUUUUUUUUCUAUUUUGUGAAAGCUGACAGUUUCACUGCCUUUUUGUUUGUCAGAUACAAUGUCACUGUAUAUGUUUUUAAUUAUGUUUUACUGUUACAGUUAUAUUAUAUACAGAAAGACUUGGAUAAACAAACAAGACAUACAGCUCUUUAUUUGUUAUAAUUAUUAUUGUUAUUAUUUUUAAUUUUUUGCAUUAUUAUUAUUAUUAUUAUUUUUAACUAAACAUUUAAGUCACAUUCUGGAUUUGCAACAUCCAUUGUUUAUAAUUUGUUACUGCUCCUGGAAUAUGAUUCUUUCUAUGACUUUUUUGUAUAAAAAUUAUAUAAGAAUGCAUGGUGGUAUUCUGUACAGUGAUCCUCUUACUUUCCUGGUCAGAAAGAGAGAGAGAGAGAGAGAGAGAGAGAGAGAGAGAGAGAGAGUGAGAGAAGGUGUUUUAACGUAUUGUUCUGACAUAUGCGUAAAUGAGAAGCAGCAUAGUCAUGUUUUUUUUCACUUGGAGUUGUCAAAAAAACAAAAACAAAAAACAAAA